CUUCCCCCAACGUGGCCUUCUUUCUUAUAUACGAUGCCCUCCCUUCUCCUCCGUUCGCCGGCUCCUUCUCUCCUCCCCGGAUCGAUCUCGAGAAUUAGUGAGGAUUUAGCUAUGGGACGUGGAGUCAGUAGCGGAGGGGGACAGAGCUCUUUGGAUUACCUUUUCGGGGGCAAUGAAGCUCCCAAACGAGCCACUGAGAAUGCACCUCCUCCGGUGAGUGUUCCCGCACCACCAUCAGCUGAUAAUGCUAAACAAAUUCCAGCAGGCAUCCAGGGGAAAACUACUAACAAUUAUUUCCGAGCAGAUGGUCAGAACUGUGGCAAUUUCAUCACGGAACGUCCUUCGACAAAGGUGCAUGCCGCGCCUGGGGGAGGCUCUUCCCUUGAUUAUCUCUUCGGUGGUGCCGGCAAAAACUAACUAAAUUAAAGUCUAUGUUGUACCAGAAACUUGAAAGGUAAUGUCUAGUAAAACAUAAAGUUGUCGAUGUUCGAAAUGUUUAGCUACUAAACUUGUUCUCCAUUGUAAUAUCUAUUGCUAUGUUGAAUGUGUGUUUUCUUAUCUUUUGCUUGUUAAAUUAGAUUGGAUGAAAUGAACCUUCUCAGUA